UUCAAUGGAGGCGAAGUAGGCGUAUAUUCGCAAAUUUUGAUGUAUCAUAAUAUGUGCACAAUAUACUAACAAAAUGAACAUACCGAUCAGUACGGUUGGAUCACAAGUGUAUGCCACAAAAUCUGUUAGUAACCUCAGUGUGGACAACAUCUCAAUACAGCAUGCAAACAGAGUGCAAUUUCCUUCUGCUGCAUCAUCACAGUUUCAGAGUAUACUGUCCACAAACCAAGAAGAUGUCCAUAUAUGUGGAGGCUGUAAGCAGAAUUUCUCUGACAUUAACUUCUUUGUGGAGCACAAGCACUCAGGAUGCAUUCAAAAUACUCAGAAAUCUCCAAGUGCUGCAUCCACCUUAGUGGGACAGUCCACCAUUGAUUACCUAAGCACCACGUCUUCUCGAAGUGGUGAAGAUUCAACUUCUCCAUCUCUAGGAGCACCAAUUUUUCGAGUCAUUGUUGAUGGUUCAAAUUUAUCAUUGCAACCAGGAGCUGGAAAUUCAAGACAUACAUCGUCAUGCAGAGGAAAUGGUGAUUCUCAGAUACUCCGAUCUCGAUUGCUUGGGAUACAGAAUGACCAGCAAAUAGCUGUACAGGAACAAAAUAUUACCACCAAUGCAGGAGGAAUGCAGGCUAUUGUUAUGCAGCAACAAUCUCGACGGGAAUUUCAGAUUGAUGAAGAGGCAGUGGCUACAAUUCUUGCUAACCAGCUUGCCAGUGAGGAUGGCACAUCAGCCCAUGCAAAUAUGCCCUACUCAAGAACAGCACCCAUACUUGUUUUAGGAAAUAUGGAUAGUGAAAUGAUUAUACCUCAGUCGCGAGAAUCUUCAGACCUCAGGUCUAUGGGUCUUCCAGGAGAAGCAGCAGUGGUACUGGGACUGGGACCUGAGCAGAAACAAUGUUGCAGCAACAAACCAAACGUAGACUUGGAGGGAAGUCAGCCUGCAGUUAACACAGCAAGGAAAGUUGUUUCUGGGGAGUUAAAAGACAAACUCUGGUCUCAGGCAAGUGGAAAAGAAGUGACUGAAGACCAGUUGCAACUUACCACACCCUCUGUGCCUUGUUCAGUAUCCGCUGGUGUAGCUGGCAUCUCAUCCCCUGCAGUAGGGUUUUCCAUUAUGUCAAGGUCACGUGUCAAGAAGAGACAUGAUUGUACAUUUGAUGGUUGUGGCUUCUCUACAUGCUACCUGAAAGAUCUGGUUCGUCACAUGAGGCGGCACACAGGUGAACGUCCAUUCCAUUGUGAAACAUGUCAAAGGUCGUUUACCCGUGGUGACAAAUUGCAAAUGCAUUUACGCAUACACUCAGGUGUGAAACCACAUCACUGUGACCAGUGUGAUUAUGCCACCAUAGACAGUGGUAGUUUGCGUAAACAUAUGCGGAUCCAUAAUGAUGAGCGUCCAUACAAAUGCCAGAUAUGUCCAUAUAGAUCCAGGGAUUCAUCUCAACUUACAGUUCACUUACGGACCCAUACAGGUGAUAAUCCAUUUGUGUGUCCAUAUGACUCAUGUUCAUCGGCAUUUAAGACAAGUUCAGAUUUGAAAAGACAUGCCAGAAUGCAUACUGGAGAGAAACCAUUUGCCUGCGAAUUCUGUGAUUAUAAAUGUGCCAUAAAAUCAAAUCUUCGAGUCCACUUACGUCUUAACCACACAGAAGUGAAACCAAUUCCAUGCAAUAGCUGCAGUCAUGUGUCUGCUUCAAAAAGAACUGCGAAGGAGCAUGAGAAGAUCCAUGCUGAUGAAGUGCUGAAGUGUGGGAUCUGUGCAUACACUUGCAUUAGCACUGCAUGCAUGAAGAGCCAUCUCAAAAUACACACACAAGAUAAACCCUUUUCGUGCAGGCAUUGUCAGUACACAUGCAGGCAGCAGGGAAACCUUAAGGCUCACAUGAAGAAGAAGCAUCCUGAUUUUAGGGUUCCUAAAAAGGGAAAGAGUGCUUCAAAAGAGACAGUAUCAGGGAAAGUUGGGCCUUCCACUCGUAAUGGGCCGAAGUCCCUAGCUCAUUCAAAGCCAUUCUGCUACAAAUCAUACAGAUGUACAUCAUGUGAUGCAGCGUUUGUUAGAGAAGAUUCCUGGAGGAGCCACAUGAGGCAACACAAAGCUCAAGAAACACAUGUUUCAAAUACUGUUUCAGUUACUGAUAACGGUCUCGUGUCAGAGUUGGAGAGGUGUGAACCACAAAGAAAUGUUAGCAUGUUAGAAACAGACAAUCUGCAGGACAGUGCUGAUCUUCUUGAGGAAGAAUCAUUUAUGUUGUCCCUAGGUAAUCAAGAUUCAGGCUCGAAGGAAGUAAUGAAGUUAGACCAGCAAUUUCAGAAAUCAAAAGACAUAUCAUCACUUCCAGAAUCAAUUAAUGGGUGCAGAGAAUUGAGGGAAGGCUGUGAGAAAGAAGGGCAGCUGGUAUCUGCAGAUGAACAGGACACACUCCAGCCAGUGUUAGUUUAUGUUCAGAAUUCCUCAAUGCCAGAAGGUAGUAUUGAUGACAGUUUGCACAGUGCUGAAAUAUUAGCGUCACUUAACCAGGGAGCUCCAAUCCUGCUAACUGAUCGUUGUGGUCAGUACAUUACUGUACCUGCAGACCACAGUCUUGUGGAGCAGCUGGCAACAACCCUUCAGCCUGGCACAGCAUAUCAAUAUGUUCUCUCCAGUCCACUGGAUAAUGACACAACAUUCAUCCAGACUGCCUCUGGCAGUGACACUGAACUUGCAUCUCACAUUGAUAGUGCUGUCCACAUUCCAUCCAUAAUUGCUCUCCAUAUGGACAAACAGUCAGUGGUUGAAAAUAAGAACUGACAGACCUUCAGAAUUUUACAGUUUUGACAUUCAGGCAACUUUAUAUGUAUGUAUGUACAGAGUGAUCUCCAAGAAUUAUGAGCAUGUUCCAGUAAUGUUGCCACAGAUAAGGGUCCCACUUUUUGCAUCUGUUGGUGAUACUCCUGUGAGUAGUGUUUCUCAGAUACUCUAAUUUAUGUUGCAUCAGUUACAGACAUGGAGCUGUUUAGUGAUGACUAAUGCAGUGUGUCUUGUGAUUUUUUAAUCAAGUUUUGUUUCGAGGUUGGUAAAUUAGGCUCUGUAACAUAGAACACGUAACAAAGAUUCUUGGAAAAGAAAGUUUAUCCAAAAUGUUAAAGUUGAAUAUUGUCAGUGGUCAUUCAUUUGACUUCAGUGGAACUGCAUGUCAAAAAUUUGUUCCUCCAGUCUAAAGUACCAGUCAGGAGUAUUACACAGAUGUGCUGUGGAACCUACAGGAAGCAUCCUGAAAAACUGUGACAUGGUAACUGGUUGGUUCAUUAUGGCAGUGCUACCACUCCAUGUUCUGUCCAGUGGUUCAGGAACAAAACCUAAAUGUCCGCAGUCCACCCUUCCCAUAAAUGCUUUCCCGAUCUUGCUCCAUGUGACUUCUUUUCAGUUCCAAUGAUGAAAUUGAAGCUCUAAGCAGAGGUAUUGCAUUUUUUUUGGACAUUCAUCAAAAUUCAUAUUAGAUUCUUAACAGCAUUAUGAAAAUAAGUUUUAGACAUCGCUUUAAUGAUGGUAGAAUUGCCAGGCUCGCUGUAUAAUUCCCAAUGGGGAGUACUUUGAAGGUGAUGUGAUGCAAAAUUUGGUUACUUAAAUGAAUCUUUGUUUUAAAAUAAAUUCAUAUUUAUAACAUUUGGGUAUCAUAUAUAUGUAAUAGUAAUAGGAGGUUGCCUGCUAUUUGGUGUCUAUAUUACUUCCUUGAACAGGUAUGUGGCAAACAUGUGGAAUAGAACAGUUUGGUUUUAUUGUAACUGUGCAAUGGUAGACUUUGUUCUGGAGUCAUUUAAAAGUAAAUGCUGAAAUAUUUCAGCAGAAAAAAUGUUUUUGUCUUUUACUUCUUCUCUUAGUAUACCAAAAUUAGUAGCACAGCUUUUAAUCAAUGCUAGCCUACUUUCGCAUACAUGAACAUGUAUUUGUAGGACUAUGCUACAAGCUGAAAGGUCGUGGAUUCAAGUCCCGAUGAGGUCAUUGGAUUUUUUUCAAUUGACCUCAUC